AGAACGCUCAUGCUAUCGACAUUACUAUCUAGAGUAUAAGACAUCAAAUUAUCAAUCCCUGUGGUCUUAUAAAAGUAUUGUUUUAUCUACUGUCUGACAAAUCACGGUUUUAUACAAAAAAAAUGAUAUAAUUUUACUUGAAACGUCGGAAUUUGAAUCAUAGUAAAUUUAGUGUGGCUGCAAGACAAGCGCUUUGAUCGAUUGUGGUAUUUGUUGUUGAUUGAAAAAAAUAUAUGAAAAAAAAAUCAAAAAUGAAGAGUAAAAUUUUUUUAAAAGUUAUCAUAGUAAUUCAAGUAAACUUUCUAGCUGCUUAUAAUUUAACAAAUAUUUGUGAACAUGAAAAACGUCUUCAGUGCGCAAUUUAUGGAUCCAAAUGUCACCCUCAUUCGUUACAACCAUGCUGUCAACCGAAUAAUGUCUGCAAAAAACAAGGAUGGGGAGCCUAUAGCGAUACUUAUUUUUGUCGUUAUUCAGGAAAGCUGAAAGAAUUUUGUCAACGCAAUUCAGAUUGCUUAGAAAUUGAUUUCGCCGAAUGCUCUGUUAACAAAAUAUGUGAGUGUCAGGAUAAUUAUAUUGAAGUGGCGGGUAAAAUAUGUGCGCCUCUUUUGGGUGGAUUUUGCAUAAAAGAUACUGACUGUGUGCCCACUUAUUCUGCAUGCAUUAGUAAUAAAUGCACAUGUCUACAUAGAUUUAUGUCUCAAUCGAUUUAUCGAUGUAUUCCAACUCCAUUGGGACUGCCAUGUGAAAAUACUAAAGAUUGUCAACCGAGGGAACAUAUAAUUUGUUCUUCUGAUAAAGUAUGUUCUUGUAGAGAAAAUUAUGUCAUAAGAAAUGGUGCAACAUGUGCACCACUUUUGAAAGAAUAUUGUUGGAAUGAUGAAAAUUGUGUGCCCGAUCAUUCUAUUUGUAUCAAUAGUACAUGUAUAUGCAAACCUAAUUACUCUUCAAUAUCUAAUUACAAAUGUAUACUGAAUUAGUAAAAUAACUUAUAUUGGUAUUAAAAUUUAUAGCCUAAAACUAGAACUGAUACUAGAGAUUAGUUUUAUGCCGAAAUACAAAUCAAGGGUAUGCCAUAUUUUAAGUUUUUGUUAUAUUUCUAAAAAAUCUGUUUCUUGCAUUAUUUUUGAAAAAAAUUUUUUCUACACUUCUAUGAAAAAUGAGUACAUUACACUCCAAGGGAGGAAAACAUGGAAUUCAAAUCCACGUGGGUAAUUGCUUAACUGAGCCGAAGGCGAUCUGCAUCUGAAAGUUUAAACUUUUGCCUCCGUUUUUCGGAAAGAAUGGCGUAUGCCCGAAUUUUUGUCAUUUAUACUUUCAUUUUAAAUAAGCGACUUUCUUCCGUCUAAACAGGUCAAGAAUUUAAACUUUCAGUGCGGGUAUGAUGGAAAAUCAUUUUUUGAAUCAUCUUUCCAUGAAAAAUAAAAUUCCCAAUUGAAAAUAGUUACAAACCAUUAUUUUCAUUAUAUAAAAUCAAAAUCAGUGAAGAAAAAAUAUUAGACUGAAGUUCUUUUCGUAACUUUUUCGAAGUAUCCUAUUAUGUCCCGAAAAAAAUAGCUAAAUUGAAAUUAUUGUAACAUGAUAACAAGUUCAUGAACAAUUAGAUAUAAGCAAAAAUGAACAUAAUAUAACUUAUUUAAUAUGCACCAUUUAUUCAUUUGAAUUUACAUUGAUUACGUAACACACGAGGCGUUAUUAUGAAUUAUGCAGUAUCAUUUCAAUUUAUUGCGCGUGUUAGAGCCUUGCACCUUGAUAAGUUGUCUGUGUUAUCUACUCAAUCAUUUUCUAUCCGCUCUUCAGAUUGUGACAUUGAAAAUAUAGAAAAAAAAAAUCUAUAAAUUAUAAAUAAUUAUAGUUAACAAGUGGUAUUUAGAUAAUCAUGUCUGAGAGUCAUAAUAAUAUUUACUUUAUUAGAAACAAGGAACUAUAGACAUAAUCUGACUUGUCAUUGACGCGGAAGCAUAAAACUACUUCAAUUAAAAGUUCCAUAGCAUACAGUUGUUAGUUUUUGUUAGUGAUCUGUGCAUUGCAUUAUUAGCUGUAAUAAAUAAAAUUUUUUAACAAUACGUAUAACUUGAGAAAAUUUUAAAUUAAAAAUGGCCCAACCUGAGUGGCUGACAGCGCGAUUUUUGGAACGCGUACUACGAAAUGCAGAUAAAGAUGAUUCGAUUUCGGUAACUGAAAUUUCAGUGACAAAUGCAACUAAUAAAGGUGACAAUUACACAAGUGAUAUGUUCCGGGUUACUUUUGAAUUAAUUCGCAAUGAAACCGGUAUGAGAAUUUCGAAGAAAAAUUCGAUUAUUGUAAAAGCUGCUCUUAGUUCUGAAGGAAUCCACAAAGAUCUAAUCGAGGAUGCCAAAAUAUUUGAAAAUGAAAUAAAAAUGAUGACAUCGACCUUGAAAGAUAUGGAAUCAGUGUUGAAGGAUACUAAACUUGGGGGACGAUGUUAUUAUGCUCAGCUUAAAGAUCCUACGUUAUUAGUAAUCGAAGAUUUGGCGCCAUUAGGUUUUCGUAUGGCCGAUCGUCAACUUGGUCUUGACCUUCAACACUGCACUCUGGCGUUACAGCGAUUGGCUAAAUUUCAUGCAAGUUCCGUGCUGGUUUGUGAAAAUAAGCCUAAGUACAAAAAAGAUCAUAGCAAAGGAAUGUUUUCUAGUGACUUUCCACCCGACGCUGCUAAAUUUUUUACGGAUUCAAUAAAUUCUAUGGUAAAAGCAGCUGAAACAUGGUCAGAAUUGAGUGUAGAAUGCAGAGAAAAAUUAAGAAAGUUGUCGAAUACUCUUUUUCCUAAAGCAUGUGAAAUAGCUAAACUCAAUGAAUCGGAAUUCAAUGUAUUAAACCAUGGCGAUUACUGGGUCAAUAAUAUGUUGUUCAAAUACAACGACAGAGGGAAUGUUGUGGAUCAUGUUUUUGUUGAUUUUCAAAUGUGCAAUUACGGGACCCCUGCUAUAGAUCUUCAGUAUUUCUUUAAUACAAGUGCUUCUGAAGAAGUGUUGGCACUUCAUAAAGAUUCUCUAUUUGAUGAAUAUGUAAAAGUUCUUUCUACGACAAUGAAAAAUAUCGGAUGCAAAACUUGCCCUCCUAGUCUCAGUUACAUAAAAAAUAUAUUUAGUGAACUCGAAAUUAUUGGUUUAGUAGUAGCCUGCACAGCUCUUCCAAUCAUGAUGACUGAUAAGAGUCAAGCGAAAGAUCAUGAAGAAUUGGUGAAUACGAGUGCUGCUGAUUUCAAUGCAGAUGCUUACAAAAACAAAGCUUAUCAAUUAAAAAUAGUACCACGGCUUCUGGAAUGGAAUGCUCGUGGAAUACUGGAUCAAAUGACUCCGCCAGCGUGGAUAACUGCACAAUUUAUAGAAAACGUACUGAAAAAUGCAGAUAAAAAUGAUUCAAUUUCAGUUAACAAUAUUUUGGUAAAUAUUGCGACUAAGAAAGGUGAUAAUUAUACUAGUGACAUGUACCGUGUUAAUUUUGAAUCAACGCGAAUUGAAGCUGGCAGAAAAAUACACAGAAAAAGUUCACUUAUUGUAAAAGUUGCUUUUACUACUGAACAAAUACACAAAGAAUUAAUCGAGGAUGCCAAUAUAUGUGACAACGAAAUAAAUAUGAUGACGUUAACUUUGAAAGAAAUGGAAUCAGCACUAAAAGACACGAAAUUGUGCGGCCGAUGUUAUUAUACUCAAGAAAAAAAUCCCCCGAUUUUAGUUCUUGAAGAUUUGGCGCCCUUGGGAUUUAUCAUGGUUGAUCGGCAAGCACGUCUUGAUCUCCAACACUCGACUCUGGCGAUACGCAGAUUAGCUAAGUUUCAUGCAAGCUCUGUCCUGGUUUGUGAAAAUAAACCUAAAUAUAAAGAUUUCUAUACCAGAGGAAUGUUUUCUGUUGGUUUUCCGCCUGAAUUAGAAAAAUUUUUCACGAAUGGAACGAAAGCUAUUGCUAAAGUAGCAGAGUCCUGGCCAGAAUUGAGUAAUGAUUGCAAAGAAAAACUUAGAAAAUUGGGAGAUAGGGGUUAUUUAAAAGCAUGUGAAAUAGGAAAUUUGAGGGAAUCUGAAUUCAAUGUAAUAAAUCACGGCGACUAUUGGAUAAACAAUAUGCUGUUCAAAUACGAUGACAAAGGCAAUGUAAUCGACCAUAUUUUUGUUGAUUUUCAACUUUGUGUUUACGGAACGCCUGCAUUAGAUCUUCAGUAUUUUUUCAAUACGAGUCCUUCUGAAGAAGUAUUGAUAUUUCAUAAAAAUUAUCUUAUUGAAGAAUACGUUAAAAUUCUUUCUACGACAAUGAUAAAUAUUGGGUGUAAAACUUGUCCUCCUAGUCUUGAUUAUAUACAGAAAGUCUUGAAGGAGAGAAAUUUCAUUGGUUUCGUAGUAUCCAGUGUUUGCCUCCCGCUCAUACUAAUUGAUAAGAGCCAGGCACAAGGUCUCGAUGAAAUAAUGAGCAGCGACGAAGCUGAAUUUAAUCCUAAUGCAUAUAAAAAUGAAGCUUAUAAAAAAAUAAUGAUACGGAGGCUCCAAGAGUGGACUGCUCUCGGAUUAUUCGAUUAAUAAUCAUACGAAUAUUUGAUUAUAUGCUGCAACAACCAAUGCUAAAGAUAUCGUCACUUUACCUACAAAAAAAAAUUAUGCAAUUAUUUAGCUUUAGAAUUAAUUGGCAUUAUAAAAAAUUUUAAAAUAAAAUCAUUUAAAAUCAUA